AUAGACAUUGGAUGUCAAGAUGUCUGUGCAGUACCUGAUGGUGCCAGUCACACUGCUACUACUCGCCAGUUCACUGCUGCAGUCAUCGGCACUCAAGCAGUGUGAACAAGCCUGGACAAAUGGUGGCAAGGUUGGAAGGUAUCAAAAAUAUUUUGCUGAGAUUUGCCGAGGCGACUCGCCAUCAGACCAAGAUCUGUGUCCUGGAGAUCACCCGGCGGAAUGCUGCAUGCACGAAGACUGCGACCGCGGAACUCGCUUUGCGGGCAUGAAGUGCGGAUGCCACUCCGGCUGCCAGCGCUUGGCAUGCCAGUAUGAACUAGACAGGGACUGCGAUUACGUUACACACCCGAGGAAUGGCAAGGUCAAGCGCCUCACCGACACACGCGUUCAAGUGGCUUGCGAUACCGGGUUCAUCGCCUACCCUCCGGAUACGUUUGACAGGCACUGCAAUCCACAGGAGAGCAAAGAGUGGCUGCCUAAAAUCGAGUGUCGCAGAAAGUGCAGGACCCCGCCUGGCUUUGCCUAUUCCAAUCGUCUCACCAAGGGGUCAUCGUUCGCCGUUGGACAGACAGUGCAGUAUUCAUGCAAACCUGGCUACCUAUUCCUACAUGGCAAGGACCAUGUCACUUGUCAGGAGAGAGAUGGACGUGCACAGUGGACACGUAUAACAUGCCAGAUCCUGAAAUGCCCCAAGAUCUGGUCCAGCGAUCCAAACCUUCUCGCCAGGCCGGCAUCAGCGGACUCUUACAGGUCCGCUGUUCGGUUCAGCUGCCCGGCUGGCUUUGAUCUGAUUGGUACCCGUCAAGUACGAUGCGAUCUCGCGUCCGCAACCACUGUCGCUUGGAGCGGUUCUCCUCCCACGUGCAGAGAAAGGAGAUGUCCGAUGGGCGUUGUAUCAAGUACCUCGGAUCCUUACGCCAAGCUGAAGAACGAUACAGGAAGGAAUUUUGCGAACUCCGGAGAGUCAGUGAGUUUCUCAUGUCCUGCUCCAUCUAUGCUACGUGAUCAUGGUGCUCUUGAGUGCUAUCGCGGUACUUGGUCUUCUGGCCAGCCUAAAUGCAAGCCAAGUUGCUGCGAGCGCCGUGGCAUUCCGGUCGAUGCAGGCCAGGACGUUACGUACUCCGACCCGCAAAAGUCGUGCCCAGUCUCUGAAGUGUCUCGUGCUUUCAUCCAGUGCAAUACCUGCCAUCUCCCAGCCUCGCGUAGUAAUGUCACAUCGCUGAGAAUUACGUGUGACAACGAAACCUGGUCCGACAGUAGCAGUUUGGUCUGUGAACGCAAGACGUGCCCUCCUCUGCAGUCUCUUCUGGGUGCGACUCCAAGUCAUCAAAUGCCCGAUAUCGAGAGCUCUGCAGGAAAUCUGACCACAUUGCCGCAGCCGUGUGGGGCUUCUGUGCGCCUGUCCUGUAGUGACUCGAGCAGAAAGCUGGUCCCGCGUUUCCCUGUGGUGCAUUGUACAAGCAGCGGAGAGUGGUCUGUCAAGAAGUUAGGCAUCUGCUUACUCAAAAACGCUGCGAGUUGCUCGCAAGCAAUACCAGGAGUCGACGAGACUCGAUUUGAUGUGAGGAUUCCAGCGGAUCGCUCAGCAGGCGUCCGGGUGUCCAUCAGCAACUGCCGUGCCCGUUGCAUGAGAACGCCGGCAGUAACUGCUGUGUGUAUGUUGGACCACACUACCGGGGAGCUGAACUGGCAGCUUGAUGGUGUGCCGAACUGCACAGUUUCCCGCUGUUCAGACUACAAGGUCUGGUCAGGUGAUGGCUACACUCAUCUUGGCCGUAAGUCCAGCAACUCCUGCCUGGGAGGGGCCAAGAAGGUGCGUUGCAGGCAGGGAUACUAUCGGCUGGUACGCAAUAACCGUAGAGCUGUCGUACGUGCUUCUUGCAGUGUCCAGGGUGAAUGGUCUCACAGUCCGUAUAAUAUGCGCUGCGUUGCAAACUGCAGUAACGUCUGUAUGGGGAUAGGGGAAGAAUGCUAUGUGUCGAGAACAUCACCGAAAGAGUACUCUUGCCGCUGUAUCGCUAACUGUCCCAAACCAACUCAAGGCAGUGAUGCGUUGUGUGGUUCCGAUGGCAAGACGUAUGACACUCGCUGCCAUCUCCAACAGCAGAUCUGCAAGACCGGGCAGCACAUUGGGGAAUUACCUCUUGAAGAGUGCAACAAAGGUGGCCGUUGUUGGACGAGUCCGCCUAUUUCAGACUUUGCCAAGUACGCCAGCCCUGCUGUUAACUGUAGACGAAAGAUUGGAGACUACUUCAACUUUAGAAAUGGACAAUGUCAAAGCUACGAAGCUUUCGGCUGUCAACGACUACAAGACAACACCUUCCAAACAAGCAGGCAGUGCUCCAGAGAAUGUAUCGAAGAGAGGGUGUGUCACAUGGCCCCGGACAAAGGCCCGUGUAACGGCACCCAGCAACGGCACUUUUUCAACUGCUCCUCAUCCAGAUGCGAGCGUUUCACCUAUGGCGGCUGUGGCGGAAAUCAGAACAACUUCAGAACCCGUUUGUCGUGCGAAGGUGUUGCUACCGGUCAGCAGUGCAAGGAUUCCAACAAUACCUGCAAUGCCAACAAUAGAUGUUGUGAGAGUGAGCAAGUAAGACGCAGCACCAUGUGCAACGACGCCGAUUUUGCCAUCACUGCUCGAGUGCAAUUUCAUUCGGAGCCACCACAAAAUAAUGCAAUGAUCUACACAGCACGGGUAACUGGAAUCGUACAUGGCGAGAGAAUAUUGGCAAGGAAUGAAGACGGCGCAGCUGUAGAACUAAUCGCAGGACUAACGAGGUACACUUUGGUUGUUAACAAAGCGCCGUCAGGGUGUGGCCAAUGCACAGUCAUUCCAACUUCUGGAAACAUGUUCCUGAUGGGGAGAAUAGCUCAUUCCGAGGCGGGUACUCCCUUUUUACACAUGGACCAAAGUGCAUUCGGCUUUGCCUACAGGCUGACCAGUGACGGUAGGGAUGAAGUGUGCUCAUUCUGCCCGGCUGCCUCAGCUGUGAGCACCUCAGCCAGGUGUCCAGUCCCUGACCAGGAUUAGACGGCAACGCUAGAAGCUAGAGUUAUAUGCUACUGAGAGAACGAGAACUCUGUACGAGGCUUCAGCCACGGACUACUUUCUCACUUGACAAGUCAGAUAAUUAUUUUCUGCUGUGCAUUUCUUCAUUUGGGUUCAGUUUUCUCCUUUUUUUGCAUUGGUAAAUGCAUGGACUUGUACGUACACAGAUAGUCUGAGCCGUUUGCAAUACCCCAGCGCCGAUUUUCAUGCAUUGGGCCAAUGACAGUUUCACGUGCUCGAUGGCAGUUUCCGCAGCCACAUCAGAUGAUCAGAAGAUUAGAAAAUAAAUCAUGCGGCCACACUGCCCGAUGCAUGACUCUCUUAUUAUGACCUAUAGUAUCACUGAACCACUAAAUCAAUCCUUUACACCUUCGCUUUGUGAGUGUAAUACUUCCAGAGCCAGAUCCAGAUAAAUCUCCUUACUGUUGUCUGUUGAUCAUUUUUCACCUAUUAUUUCUAUACCUAAGCUAAGCAGUCACAUGUUAUUCCUGCAUAUCUCCCUCCUUAGGGCUAUGUAGACUGUGCAUAUUCAUAAUAUUGGCUCCUUUUUACUUUCAGGGAUUGAAUACAUGCUUUGGUUUGUCGUGGUAAAA